AUGUCUCGAAAAUCAACAGUUAAAGAGCACCCUGAGAUGGCCGAGUACAAAAAACAAUUGUUUGCUGAAGCUGAGAGACUAGUAAAAGAAGAAUUUCCAAAAAAGGUGAUUGAAUUCAAUGAAUUACUGAAGACCGAUCGAUUGUCUUACGAUAGAGUUCAAAAAAUUCUUCCCGAUAUGAGUUUGAACAUUCCCGUUCCACCUAAUGGAAAAGUAAAGGUCGACUCAGGUGAGCCGAACGCAAAAAAGCGAAAGAAUGACGAUGGAAAUGGGGCUCCGGUGUUCACAUUUGUCAAUGGAACCGUUCCCUGUAACGAUGAGCUCGCCAAAUUGAUGGAUGAAGUUCGACCGAAACUUCGCGAUGCUGUAGAAAUGACUAACACUGUUAAAAUGUGGAUCACUUUAUUGAUCCCCCGUAUUGAAGACGGUAACAAUUUUGGUGUUGGAAUUCAGGAAGAAGCUUUAGCUGAAGUGCGAAACGUUGAGAGUGAAUCUGCCUCAUUUCUUGAUCAAAUGAGCAGAUAUUUUACAAGCCGCGCAAAAUUGAUCACGAAGAUUGCUAAGUAUCCGCAUGUCGAUGAUUACCGUCGAGCGAUUCUUGACAUGGAUGAGAAACAAUUCAUAAAUAUCAGACUCGUCGUUUUGGAAAUGAGAAACCAUUUUUCAACUCUUCAUGAUAUGAUUGUGAAAAAUUACGAGAAAAUCAAGACACCUCGCAACUCGAAUUCCGAGCAUCUUUACUAA